CUCUUUCAACCACCUCGGUAGCUUGCUAGCCAACAUAAAACAGAAAUAUAGACGCUUUAGACCAUGUUAAUGUAAAUUAGCUAAUCUCAGUGUUUUAAACAAAUUUCGGUUGACGUAUCAACUGCUUAACUUUAACCUAAUUUGCUUGUUCAAUUUGCAAACUUGUUAAAGAUUGAUACUGAGCCUAGCACUAGGCUAGUCGCUAAUGCUAGCUAGCUAGCUAACAUCCCUGACCAUGAGCACACCAAACUACUCCUCCCUUGCUAAUGAAGAGGGGGUCUGCUGUAUAGAGAAAGAAUCUUUCAGAAUGAAAAAGGAGGAAGAGGAGGGUAUUACAGUGAAAGAAGAGAAAGAAUCUUUCAGAAUGAAAAAGGAGGAAGAGGAGGCUGUUAUAGUGAAAGAAGAGAAAGAACCUUUUAGAGAGGAAGAGGAUGCUAUCUCAAUAAAGGUGAAGGAGGAAGACGUUUUGGGAGUGAAAGAGGAGACAGAAGAUCCGAUUUACACCAAAGAGAGACAUGACUAUCGUGGAUCCUCUGGGGAGCCUCAACAACAUCCUGAUGCUGACGAGUCAGAGAAGAGUCUCUCCAGAUCAGAACACCAGAUGGACAACACUAGCCCUUCCUCCCUCCCGGAGUCCCCGUGUCGUGCCUCUCCCGGUAGCACCUUACUGCUGGGUAUGAAGAGGUUGUCUGUGCUGCUGGUGGACUGCAGGAAAACAACGGGGCUGAGUGGAACUGUGAGAGGAGGAGGAGAGAAGAAAGGAUCAGAUUUGACUCAUCAAAUGUCUUUGGCAGGAGAAAGACCAGACUCAGAGGAACCAGAGCCAGGGACGUCCGAACCAGCAAGACGACACCAGUGCUCCCACUGUAGAAAGGGUUGUAACCGGUUAUGGGACCUGAAACAACACGAGAAAAUACACACAAGGGAGAAGCCUUACCACUGCUCCCAGUGUGGAAAGUGUUUCAGCCGUUCAAGGGAGCUGAAAAAACACGAGAGAAUUCACACAGGGAAGAAGCCUUACCACUGCUCCCAGUGUGGAAAGGGUUUCAAUCAGCCAGGGUAUCUGAAACGGCAUGAGAGAAUACACACAGGGGAGAAGCCUUACCACUGCUCCCAGUGUGGAAUUGGUUUUAAUCAGAAAUCACACCUAAAAGAUCAUGAGAUAAUACACACAGGGAAGAAGCCUUACCACUGCUCCCAGUGUGGAAAGAGUUUCAAACGGCCUUGUCAUCUGAAACAACAUGAGAGAAUACACACAGGGGAGAAGCCUUACCACUGCUCCCAGUGUGGAAAGAGUUUCAUACAGCCUUGUCAUCUGAAACAACAUGAGAGAAUACACACAGGGGAGAAGCCUUACCACUGCUCCCAGUGUGGACAGUGUUUCAAGCGGUCAGGGGAGCUGAAACAACAUGAGAUAAUACACACAGGGGAGAAGCCUUACCACUGCUCCCAGUGUGGACAGUGUUUCAAGCGGUCAGGGGAGCUGAAACAGCAUGAGAGAAUACACACAGGGGAGAAGCCUUACCACUGCUCCCAGUGUGCACAGUGUUUCAGACAGAAAGGAAGCCUGACCCAACACGAGAGAAUACACACAGGGGAGAAGCCUUACCACUGCUCCCAGUGUGGAAAGGGUUUCAAUCAGCCAGGGUAUCUGAAACGGCACGAGAGAAUACACACAGGGGAGAAGCCUUACCACUGCUCUCAGUGUGGAAAGUGUUUCAGCCGUUCAGGGGAGCUGAAACAACAUGAAAUAAUACACACAGGGGAGAAGCCUUACCACUGCUCCCAGUGUGGAAAGGGUUUCAAUCGGCCAGGGUAUCUGAAACGGCACGAGAGAAUACACACAGGGGAGAAGCCUUACCACUGCUCCAUGUGUGGAAAGAGUUUUAAUCAGAAAAGCAACCUGAACCAACACAAGAAAAUACACAGAGGGGAGAAGCCUUACCACUCCUCCCAGGGUGCAAAGUUUUUGCCCAUUUAGGAAGCCUGAAAGAACGCAUGAGACUACACACAGAGGAGAAGGCUUAGAAAUUGCUCAGACUGGGAAAACAUAUUACUCAUCACAGUCACUUGAACGUCAUGAGAGAAUCCACACAUAAGAGAAGAAUUACUUGUAUAUUGAUAUUUCACAUCACAUUGACUUAAAAUUCAUCAGAGAACAUACACAGUGCUCCCAUUGUCUUAUAUUGUUGACUGAUAAUGUGUUUACUUGUUUUUACCGUAUGAAAUUAAAUGGUACAAGGUAUACUCAAACAUAUAUUUGUUUGUUUUUAUUAGAAAACAUGAAUUUAAUAUGGAGUAUGUCAGUUUGAAUAUAAAGUAGAUCAGAUUCCAUGUGUUUAAAUGGUCCUUUUUAAACUCUUUGUGUGUGUUUAUCUGGGUGUGUCAUUCCUCCAGCACUACAGAUAAUACAGUGAUAUUUGGAUGUGAUGCAUUUGUUCCAUUGUUGACAUUUGCAUUUUUGGCCCACUGAUGAUUUAAUGACAUGAAAAUAUUCAGACUCUGUAAUGGAAAAUGUUAAUUGUAUGUGUGUCCACAUAACUGAUUAUGUGACUAACCUUGUGAAACUGUCCUAUUAUAAGCUCCUGUUCUUAGGAGUAUCAUUCUGUGUUGUAAACCAAUUUGCACCUGGGUCCUUGUAUGAAUAAAGUCCCGCCCAGGAACAGGAAACUAUAAAGAUAUGUGCUCAUCACCCAAUGCUUCAGGAAUUCAGACUGUCUACACUGCGGUGUGUAAUUCUGUUAUUCUCUCUGAGCUCAGAAAUAAAGAAUCUUGGUUUGA